AAAGGUAUGGAAGGGAAAUGCAAGCAGUGUUUAUAAAAGCAGAGAUGGUUCAUCAAGUGAUGGCUUGAAAAAAAAUUCAAAGAGCUAUUUGUGGCGUGUCGCUUCGCACACCAGAUACAGACAAAACAGCAUGGAGGCGCUUCUUUUUCUAUUUCCUCAAUUCAACUACAUGGCCCCAAAGGAGGAAGCAUAUUUCAAAAUGCUUGGUUCAGAACACUUGCAGGCACCAAAGAUGAAGGACGAUACUAGCAGACAGAAAGACAAGGAGAGGAAGAGCCGACUAAGCCUUUUUCUCACCAAGUCAGGCUCUCAUGAAAACGUCAGUCCCCAUAAAAAGACAAAUACGACAUCCAGCAACAUCUCACCGGAGGCGGCCUUGCAAUGGAGUGACUCUUUUGAAGAACUGCUGAAGCACUCAGAUGGGGUGGAAAGCUUCUCUCGGUUCCUCAGGACAGAGUUCAGUGAGGAAAACAUUGAGUUCUGGUUGGCCUGUGAAGAAUACAAGACCAUUGAUUCUGAGACGAAGCUGCUGUCCAAAGCCAAAUGUAUUUAUACGGUUUAUAUUGAAUCAGAGGCCCCUAAAGAGGUCAACAUCGACUACAAUACGAAGAUGGCCAUUCAGAAGGUCUUAGCACAGCCCACAAAGAGCUGUUUUGAUGCAGCUCAGAUGAAAGUCUACAGCCUGAUGAAAAAGGACUCCUACCCCAGGUUCCUCCACUCUGACAUUUAUCUGUGUCUCACCAGGAGGAAAGGCCCGGGGGCCACCAUGUUUCGGAGAAGGUCACGCUCCUGUGUAUUCAACGAUAGGGGCGAGGCCGUAAAUGAACCUUCGGCCUGGUAGUGGUAGCAUUGCAGGCGUAGUCACUUACUCUGUAAAAUGGAUUAUUAUAUAGGAGAUAAUCCGUGAUUAGCAGCACAAUUGUUGAAACGUAAUGUGUGGUGCAGAGGCUUGUUAGCAACAGGUUUGAUUCUGCAGAGUGUGUUACUUUUUUAUAACCUCAGGCGACACAGUGGAUUAUUUUUACAUAAUAUCAUAACAGCUGCCAAAUAAAAUAGUUGGACAUUUAGCUUUUUUGCCAAGAGUGAUGAGAAGAUUGAUACCACUCUUAAGCAUGUACGACAAAUAUAGCUACGGCCGACUGCUUAGCUUAGCUUAGCUAAAAAAGAGGAAAUAUAGGGAAACAGCUUGCCUGGCUAUGCCCAAAUAUAACAAAAUGCUAUAUAUAUAUAUAUAUAUAUAUAUAUGUUUUGCCUUGGCGCAGUAACUUCCUAAAGUAUUCACUGUCUGCCUGACAACCUCACAGUGACAACAACACUUAAGCUAGCUGACUGUUCGUGGUAGCUUUUUAUCUUCUAAUAAUAAAUAAUAAUAAAUUGUAUUUAUAAUGCGCUUUUCAAAGCUAAAAUCAAUCUUAAGGCGCUAAUUAUUCAGACUAUAUAAUUAUAUAUAUAUAUAUAAUUAUCCAUUCAGACGACUGGUAUCAAUCUUCGUCUUCUUCUUCUUCUUCUUCUCAUCUUGGCAAGAAAGUGAAUUAGCGUAUUUCCCCAAGAUGACGAACUAUAACUAUUAUACUACAAAGCUGGAUAACAGCCCCAUGACAGCCCCAUGUGGUUAUCUGAAAAUAAUGAACACCCUCUGGCCAAUCAGAACUGAGUAUUAUCUGUGGCCAUGGUAAAAACCAGAGUAUUCACUUUGCACAUCUAUCCAUUCUCUUUCUCAGAGGCACCGCAUUGCUUGGGGAUUAAACCUUUAUUGAAGAUUUUUGUAUUUCCCCAAAUCUUGCAAAACUUGAAUGACAGGCAGUAGGAUGGUUAGUGACAGAAUCUGAGCUGAAGUGCCUCCAUGCUAGUGACAGUAUCCAGCCAGCCGUACUACAGGCAGCCACACUGAGGCCACUCACUUACUUCAGACACAUUACACUUCAAUUGCUUUGUCUUCCAAUCUGGCAAUAGCACCUUAUACGACCAUAAUACAGUUGAUAUGGCAUACAAGCUAAUUUGACCAUAUCUCAUUCAAAUGGAUUCAUGAACGUAUCCUCGCACUGUCCAACCCCCUCCAGUCUAACUUGCUGUGAAAGCCUACAGCCACAGUGACUGCAAAGCACUGAAAGCUUUUAAUGAGGGAUAUAUAUCUCUUAUUUGUUAUGAAUUCAAAUGUACCAUAUUUUACACACAGAAAAUACAUAUAUCUUAUUUGAAUACUAAUAUGAAAUGAUAUGAUUUAUGAUUGCUGCUUUCUCAGUUUGCUGCCAUCUAAUAUAAUUUAUGUACGAUGAAAUGUUGCCUUGCUCUUGUAAAAUGUACAUACUAAACUCAAAUAAACACUUUCUUAAUAAAGCCGUUUUAAUGAGGC